CCCCCAACUCGGAAGCUGCAGCUCCGAGCCAGUGCGCCCCGAAGCUGCUCGGCCCGCCGCCCGCCCGCUGCUUGGCUGGGGCUCGGGCCCGGGCCCCCCGCUGGGGACUCCACCAUGAGCGUCCCGGACUACAUGCAGUGCGCCGAGGACCACCAGACGCUCCUCGUGGUGGUGCAGCCCGUGGGGGUCGUCUCGGAAGAGAACUUCUUCCGGAUCUACAAGAGGGUCUGCUCCGUGAGCCAGAUCAGCGUGCGGGACUCCCAGCGCGUGCUGUACAUCCGCUACCGGCACCACUACCCGCCCGAGAACAACGAGUGGGGCGACUUCCAGACCCACCGCAAGGUCGUGGGCCUGGUCACCAUCACCGACUGCUGCUCGGCCAAGGACUGGCCGCAGACCUUCGAGAAGUUCCACGUGCAGAAGGAGAUCUACGGCUCCACCCUCUACGACUCCAGGCUCUUCGUCUUCGGGCUGCAGGGGGAGAUCACCGAGCAGCCGCGCACCGACGUGGCCUUCUACCCCAGCUACGAGGCCUGCCCGGGCGUGGAGAAGAGGAUCGAGGACUUCAUCGAGUCGCUCUUCAUUGUGCUCGAGUCCAAGCGCCUGGACAGGGCCACCGACAAGUCUGGGGACAAGGUCCCCCUGCUCUGUGUCCCGUUCGAGAAGAAGGACUUUGUCGGCCUGGACACGGACAGUAGACAUUACAAGAAGAGGUGCCAGGGGCGCAUGCGGAAGCACGUGGGGGACCUGUGCCUGCAGGCGGGCAUGCUGCAGGACUCCCUGGUGCACUACCACAUGGCCGUGGAGCUGCUCCGCGCCGUGAACGACUUCCUGUGGCUUGGCGCUGCCCUCGAAGGGCUGUGUUCGGCCUCUGUCAUCUGUCACUACCCUGGAGGCACCGGUGGCAAGAAUGGAGCUCGCAGGUGCCCGGGGGGCUCGCUUCCUGCCGAGGCAGCCAACAGACACCGGCCAGGGGCGCAGGAGGUUCUCAUUGACCCAGGUGCCCUCACCACCAACGGCAUCAACCCCGACACCAGCGCCGAGAUCGGACGCGCCAAGAACUGCCUGAGCCCCGAGGACAUCAUCGACAAGUACAAGGAGGCCAUCUCCUACUACGGCAAGUACAAGAAUGCGGGAGUGAUUGAGCUGGAAGCGUGCGUCAAAGCUGUGCGUGUCCUGGCCAUUCAGAAGCGGAGCAUGGAGGCUUCCGAGUUUCUCCAGAAUGCCGUUUACAUCAACCUCCGCCAGCUCUCCGAGGAGGAGAAAAUCCAGCGCUACAGCGUCCUCUCCGAGCUCUACGAGCUCAUCGGCUUCCGGCGCAAGUCCGCCUUCUUCAAGCGCGUGGCCGCCAUGCAGUGCGUGGCGCCCAGCAUCGCCGAGCCCGGCUGGAGGGCCUGCUACAAGCUGCUGCUGGAGACGCUGCCGGGCUACAGCCUGUCGCUGGACCCGCAGGACUUCAGCAAAGGCACGCACCGAGGCUGGGCCGCUGUGCAGAUGCGCCUGCUUCACGAGCUGGUCUACGCCUCCCGGAGGAUGGGGAACCCUGCCCUGUCCGUCAGGCACCUGUCCUUCCUGCUGCAGACCAUGCUGGACUUCCUGUCGGAUCAAGAAAAGAAAGACGUGACGCAGAGCCUGGAGAGCUACACGUCCAAGUGCCCCGGGACGAUGGAGCUCAUCACCCUCCCCGACGGCCUCAGCCUGCCGCCCGUGCCCCUCACCAAGCUGCCCAUCGUCAGGCACGUGAAGCUGCUGAACCUCCCGGCCAGCCUCCGGCCGCAGAAGAUGAAGAGCUUGCUGGGCCAGAACGUGUCCGCCAAGAGCCCCUUCAUCUACUCGCCCAUCAUCGCCCACAGCCGGGGCGAGGAGCGGAGCAGGAAGAUCGAUUUCCAGUGGGUGCAGGGAGAUGUGUGCGAAGUGCAGCUGAUGGUUUACAACCCCAUGCCCUUUGAACUCCGAGUUGAGAACAUGGGGCUCCUCACGAGUGGAGUGGAGUUCGAGUCUCUUCCUGCGGCACUUUCCCUCCCGGCCGAGUCCGGUCUUUACCCAGUGACGCUCGUCGGGGUCCCCCAGACGACGGGGACGAUUUCCGUGAAUGGUUACCACACCACCGUCUUCGGCGUCUUCAGCGACUGUUUGCUGGACAACCUCCCGGGAAUAAAGACCAACGGCUCCACAGUCGAAGUCAUUCCUGCUCUGCCCAGACUGCAGAUCAGCACGUCUCUGCCCAGGUCUGCACACUCCUUGCAACCUGCCUCUGGUGACGAGAUAUCCACGCAUGUGUCCGUCCAGCUUUACAACGGAGAGACGCAGCAGCUGGUCAUCAAGUUGGAGAACAUCGGAGUGGAGCCCUUGGAGAAGCUGGAGGUCACCUCCAGAGUCCUCGCCUCCAAAGAAAAGCUGUACGGCGACUUCCUGAGCUGGAAGCUGGAGGAAGCCCUGGCCCAGUUUCCCCUGCAGCCCGGCCAGGUGGCCACGCUCACCGUCAGCAUCCAGGUGAAGCUGGACUUCUCGUGCCAGGAGAACCUCCUCCAAGACCUCAGCGACGAUGGGAUCAGCGUGAGCGGCUUCCCCCUGAGCAGCCCCUUCCGCCAAGUCGUGAGGCCGCGCGUGGAGAGCAAGGCCGCGAACCCGCCCGAGGGCAGCAAGCCUGGGGACCCGAGCCACACGAAGGCCCUGGAAGCGAUCCUGAACUUCAAGUACUCCGGAGGCCCAGGCCACGUGGACGGCUACUACCGGGACCUGUCCCUGGGGCUGCGCGUGGAGGUGGAGCCGUCCGUGUUCUUCACGCGAGUCAGCACUCUGCCGGCCACCAGCACCCGGCAGUGCCACCUGCUCCUGGACGUCUUCAACGCCACGGAGCACGAGCUGAGCCUCAGCGCCCGCGGCAACGAGGAGCUCAUCCUGCAUGCGGGCGAGUGCCAGCGAAUGGCGAUUCAGGUGGACAAGUUCAACUUUGAGAGUUUCCCAGAGUCCCCCGGGGAGAAGGGACAGUUCGCGAGUCCACGGCAGCUGGAGGAGCAGAGGCAGGAGGCGCGCGGCCUGGAGAUCAACAGCAAGCUGGGCAUCCGGUGGCGGAUUCCCUCGCUGAAGCGCACGGGCGAGGCCAGCGUGGAGGGCGUCCUGAACCAGCUGGCCCUGGAGCACCUGCAGCUGGCCCCCCUGCAGUGGGACGUGCUGGUGGACGGACAGCCGUGUGACUGCGAGGCGGCGGCCUGCCAGGUGGGCGACCCCAUGCGCCUGGAGGUGCGGCUGACGAACCGGAGCCCACGCAGCGUGGGGCCCUUCGCCCUCACCGUGGUCCCCUUCCAGGACCUCCAGAACGGCGUGCACAACUACGACCUGCACGGCGCCGUGUCCUUCGUGGGCUCCAGCACCUUCUACCUGGAUGCGGUGCAGCCUUCGGGCCAGGCGGCCUGCCUCGGGGCGCUCCUCUUCCUCUACACGGGCGACUUCUUCCUGCGCGUCCGGGUGCACGCGGACGGCGCCAGCAAGGAGCUGCCGCCCUCCUGGUUCUGCCUGCCCAGCGUGCACGUGCGCGCCCUGGAGGGCCAGGCCUGAGCCCGGUCCCCGCCUGUGCUGUGGGGGCGCCCGGCCUGGCCCCCAGCCUUUGUUGUAGCUCCUGUCCCCUCCUCCGGCCCAGCCCAGCUCCAGCCCCAGCCCCCUCCACCCCUUUUCCUGCGGCACCUUUUUCUGGGCUGUGCCAAGUGUGCAGACAUGGCAGCCUCACGCCUCCCCGCACGGCCCACCGCGGAUCCUCUGCUGGAGCCUGGCGCUAAGGCGGAUGCUGCCCAGCCCAGCCCAGAGGGCGAUGCUCACCUCCCCAGCGGGGUCCCUGCACCUGGGGUCACAGCCCAGCCAGGGUGGGCCUGCAGAGACCCCCAGGCCUCGGAACCCCCCCAGGGCUGGCCCUUCUCCCUGAGCCCCCGAGGCAGCCCCUGGGCCAGACGCUGGGCGGUGUCUGGGCGGGGCCCCGGGACCAUGGCCUGUGUGUGUCUGUGUGUCUGUGACAAGUUCUCCAAUAAAGGGCUCCUGGCUCCCUGCUGGUC